GUGAUGACCAUUGAGGACCAGGCAUCAGCUUCUCCAUUUACUGAGCAACCUGUAAUUCUCCUGGAAGACCAAGAAGAGCCACCUGAGUCUCCACAACAUCCACCAGAGUUGCCUUUGGAUGAAACAGAUCUUCAGACUAUAUUAGCAAAACUAUACAGCAAGGUUGAUAUGACUUUCUCUCCUACAAGCAACCAAAUAAAUGUGUGCAGAGACAGGAUUUUAGAAUGUAGCCUGCAUGCCUUCAGAAGAUGCCGUUUUGAUCCAGCAGCAAAACUGGAUGUUAUUUUUGUGGAUGAAGAGGACAACGCUGAAGGGGCAGUUGAUGAAGGUGGUCCCACACGGGAGUAUCUAAGACUGUUAAUGAGGGCCAUUCAUCAAUCUAAUGUCUUUGAGGGGCAUGAGAAUGACCGCCAUCUAGCUUUGGACACUAGUGGUCAGUAUUCUUUCCUUUUUUUUUCUUCCCAAUUCUUAAGGAUGGAAAAUUGUCAACUAACAUUUUUUUUUUCUUUAGCGCUGGAGUCAAAAAUGUACAACUGUAUUGGAAAAAUGAUAUCAGUCUGUUUGGUGCAUGGAGGCAUUGGACCACAUUUCUUCUCUCAAAGGCUGUAUGACCAGAUUUGUGGCACAUUGUCUCAACCUACCCUGGUUGAGGAAGUUGUUAACCAUUCAUUCAGACAGCAGUUGAUCAAAAUUCAGGAUACAAACACAAUCGUGGAGGCAAACGAAGCCAUUAUGCAGGCAGCAGAUACCCUGAGCAUUGUUGGAGCAUUAAGGCGUGUAACUACUCUGGAAGAGAGGGACUCCCUUGUGCAAUCUGCUGCAGACUUCUUUGUAAAUGGCCGAGUGUGCACUUCAUUGCAACAGUUUGUGGAAGGUUUGAAGACUCUUAAUGUGCUAGACGAGAUUCAGAAAAACCCUGAAGUCUUUCAUGAAUUGUUUGUCUGAGGAGAAACCACUCUUGGCACGGGACAUGUACACACUUUUCCAAGUGUGUUUUUCUGUGCAAGGCAGCAAUAAAAGGAGGAUAGAAAAUCAAACCAUAUGCUACUGGAGAGACUGGUUGGUGGAUAUUGAAGAAGGAGAAUGCAGUCCCAUUACCCUUGAAAUGAUACUGGAGUUCGCUUCCGGCGCAUCCACGGUACCUCCACUGGGCUUUCCCCAUCGUCCACAAAUUGAAUUCCUCCAUGAGGCUAACAGAGUCUUCCCAGAAGCAAAUACUUGCCUUGUAGUACUCCGCCUUCCUGUACACCCAGACUAUGAGUCUUUCACAAAGUACAUGACAGACGGGGUGCUGCAGGCACCUACCUUUGGUGUUGCAUAAUCAGCUAAGUGUAAUAAGCAGUUCUUUUAAAAAAGAGUUGGAACGUUUUGAAAAGUUAAGUGUUUUAAAGCAAGUUAUAGUAAGGGUAAUGUAAUGGCCAAACUUGGAAAAUAUUGAAAUGUAAUGUAAUUGCUUCUUUUUUUUUCUUGCAAAGAAUAGAUGUCUUAUUAACCACUUUUUGGUUUCAUAAUUUAAAGGUGGAUGUUUGAGCCACACUGCAAAAACAAAAGGUCUUAUCAAGUAGUUUUGGACUACUUUCUAGUGCAAAUUUCUUAGUACACUAGAGAUAAAACUAAUAUACAUGUAACUUUUCAUCAAGAUAUGAGCUUGUUUUAAGUCUAAUUAUUUAGCAUUGUU